UAUGUCUUGAAAUUUGCACUAUGGAUGCAUACAAAUCAUUUUUAGUCGAUUUUUUAGCUGGUGGAAUAUCUGCAGCUGUUUCUAAAACUGCAGUUGCACCGAUAGAAAGGGUAAAGUUGUUACUUCAGGUGCAACAUACCUCAAAACAAAUAAGGCCAGAAGAUCGGUACAAGGGUAUGAUAGACGCGUUUGUACGUAUACCCAAGGAAACUGGUUUUCUCAGUUAUUGGAGGGGCAAUCUAGCUAAUGUAAUUCGAUAUUUUCCAACUCAAGCCUUAAAUUUUGCGUUUAAAGACAAAUUCAAAACUUUGUUCUUGGAAGGUGUUCCAAAAGAUGCAUUUUGGAAACAGUUUGCUGGAAAUUUGGCAUCUGGUGGAGCUGCUGGAGCAACAUCCCUAUUAUUUGUUUAUCCACUUGAUUUUGCACGUACAAGAUUGGCAGCAGAUAUUGGCAAAGCAGACAAACGAGAGUUUAAAGGUUUAGGAGACUGUUUGGUAAAAGUUUUCAAGACAGAUGGUCUUUUUGGAUUAUAUCGUGGUUUCAGUGUAAGUGUCCAAGGAAUCAUUAUUUACAGAGCAGCAUAUUUUGGUUUUUACGACACUACAAGAGGCUUGCUUCCUGAUGCGAAAAACACUCCGUUAUAUAUUAACUUUUUAAUUGCCCAAGUAGUAACAACAACGGCUGGAAUCAUAUCGUAUCCUUUCGAUACGGUUAGAAGACGCAUGAUGAUGCAGUCGGGACGUAGUAAAACCGAAAUAAUGUACAAAAACACAUUGGACUGUUGGGUGAAAACAGCCAAAGCAGAAGGUGUUGCGGCUUUUUUUAAAGGGGCUUUUUCAAAUAUUCUUAGAGGUACUGGAGGAGCAUUAGUUUUAACAUUAUAUGAUUCAGUUAAAGACCUAAUUGAUGCAGCACUGAAAAAAGGUUCAACCAAACCUUCGGAAUAAUAUCUUUAAUUUAAUUGUGAUACUAAAAUAAUUUGUAAGAUCAAAUACACUUUUCUGCAAAUGAAAUUCGAAUUAAUUGCAUAUUAAAAUUCUUCAGUAUAAAUAACAUUCUACAUAAUAUUUAAAUUUAUUUUGAAAUUAAUAUUUCGUAAAAAAUAUAUACGCACUUACUAAUAAAAAUAACACAUUGUUGACACUUUAUUGUUUUAUACAUUAAAUCUGAUGAAUUUUAAGAUUGCUAGACAUACAUACCUGGUACAAUGUGAAUAUAUCAGCUGUGACCUAAUUUACUGGCAUUUACAAAUAGAUGGGGUUCUAAUAAUUUAAUAUACAUAUAUAUAACAUAUUCAGAAAAAAUUAGAUGUAGAACUUUAAAUGCCCACAAAUAAAUGCCACAGCCUCAUAUCACUAUUUGUUAUGCUUGAUUUUUGUUUAGAAACAAAGGUGUAUAAUUUAAUUAAGCAUGGUAUGUCUGUCAUAAAUAUUACGUCGCUGCUCACGAACUUGCCGUUUCCAUUUAUCUUGUUGAUGACCGACACGAUUCAAUACAUUACCUCUUUCACCCAUAGGAUGAGAUGUUCCAGGACCAAUUGAUGAAUCGUCCUAUCGAAAUAAAAAUAUAAAUAUUAAAUUGAAUUUGUAACAUUUUAUGUACAUACAUAAUAUAUGUAACAACCCAAAUAUACAUACAUCAACAUUAUUAUGUUCAUG